AUGGCUCUCGCAGUGAUGCUUGGGCGAGAUGUUGGCGAUACCGUGGACACGUCGAUGCAGAAUUGGAAUACGGCGACUCAGAUACUAUGUAUCGUGGCCAUGACUGUAUUCUUCGGGUUGCGAGUCUACACUCGGAUAUUCAUUCUUAAUGGGUUCGGGAAGGAAGACUGGACUUGCAUGGGCGCUUGGUUCCUUGGAGUCAUGUACUCCAUCAUCUCCCUCAUCAUGGGACAUUAUGGAGGAGGACUGCACCAGAGUGAUGUGCCAAACUCCUACCUGAUCCCUUUUCAUAAGACCGUCUACGUGACAAUGGUCAUGUACGGACCGACGGCAUUUCUCACCAAAAUCUCACUUCUCUGGAUCAUGACCAGGGUCUUUAGUCCCUACCGCAAAGCCGUUCUUUUUAUCUAUGUCUUUCUAGUAAUCAUGCUACUCUACUACAUCCCCGCCGUCAUCGUCAAGAUCCGCAUCUGCAAUCCCAUCGCAAGAUUCUGGAACGAAAACACAAACGGCACCUGCCUGGACCAGUCAGCAAUCAUCCUCGCCGACGCAGUCGUCAGCGUCGUCAGCGACAUGAUCAUCCUCAUCCUGCCGCUCCCGCUAACUCUGAGCCUGCAAAUGGCCAUGCGAAAGAAGCUGCGCGUGAUGGGCAUCCUCGGCGCCGGAGGCCUCGCCUGCGCAUCCAGCGUUGUCCGUCUCAUCCUCAUUCUCAAAACCGGCCAGUCCAAAGACGGGACGUAUUCGUUUAUGCGGAUCAAUAUGUUUGGAAAUGCCGAAAUCGCCAUCGGCGUCAUCUGCGCCUGCCUGCCGUCCCUCUCCGCUCUGCUCAGCCGAGUCCUCCACGAAUACUCCAGCAACAAAGCAACGCAUACCUCCACACACGAACUCAGCAAAGUGACGAAGCAGAGCCGCACGGACCGGAGACUGAGCCGCGGCAAACACCAGAUGAGUUACUUGGAUACCGGGUCCGAUCAGGAGGUCCUCAUGCACAAUGCGCAGGGGGAUCCGAAGAUCGAGACGUCGAUUCGGGGAGAUACGUCGUCGCGGCGGAUCGUCCCGUCGGAGGCUAUGGGUAUUAUGAAGACGGUGGACGUGUCGACGUCGGUGACGACGCACUAA